GCUUCGCCACCCAAAAUUUACGCCCGCACGCUCGCCCUGGAAUAUGAGAGUUUGGGAGAGAGCCUCCUGAGUUCGAAUUCCAACGGAAGCUGACUUCCUCUGGAAUUUCAGCGCGUGCCUAUGUGAAGGUCGCUCUCGAUGGGACAAUGCGGUUCAUAUGAAACUGAUAACUUUUCAACCACUUCAGACUGGUCUGUGGUGCUGCUUGCCGGCUGCCGUCCACUGUAGCGUUCUUUAUUUGGCUCCGAGCUAUUUCUGUCACUCAAUAUGUGCUUACGAGUCCCCUCAAAGCGAAGGUAAUGGCUAUGUCCAAACAUAUGCUGGUCAAGAUUAGCCUGCUUGUCUGCGCUGUGCUGUCACAAUAUGGAAUGGUGCUGGAAGCUAUGGGGGUAUUCCCGUAUGGCCGAUAUACCAGGGAUGUUUCACAUACAGCGAAUGGAGCUUUACCCCCGCCAGCAGUGAACUCUGUAAGACCUCCUCCAGAAGACCAGCCAGAAACUUUUCCUGGUCCAAGAGAGAUUCCAAGGGACAAGGAAGAUGAUUUUGACAACUCAACUAUAGAUACAGUCGACGACAAAGUUACUCCGACAAAAGUAUUUGUUUCCAUGCUAAAAAAAUACGACGAGAGAGUAAGACCAGAUUUCAAAGGACCUCCAGUAAAAAUCUUUUGCCAGUUGGUUGUGAACAACUUGGGUUCAGUGAAGGCUGAAACUAUGGACUACAUUGUAACGGUCUUCAUGCGACAAAGAUGGAUAGACUCACGUCUUCAACAUUAUGACUACAACGACACUAUCAUUUUGUCGUCGCGUAAUCUCGACAGGGUCUGGCUUCCGGAUAUAUUCUUCGUGAACGAGAAGGCUGCAGGCUUCAUCUCAACCACAGGAAACAACAAGAUGUUGAGAAUAUACCCAAAUGGUGAAGUACUUUACAGCGAAAAAUACACGAUGCUGCUGAAAUGCCGAAUGAACUUCGAAAUGUUCCCGAUGGACACCCAGGUCUGCACACUUCAGACGGAGAGCUAUAGCCACACAGAUAAAGACCUCCUGUUGAUUUGGGAUGAGAACCCGGUGGUCCUCAGUGGUGACAUCGAGUUGCCAGAGUACAUUUUGAGGGGUAAAAGGUAUACAACUUGCGACAAUGACAGAGACAUAGGAACAUUCACCUGUCUCGAGGCACAAUUCAAACUAGUCAGAAGACUGGGAUUUUACCUGUUGUCCAGUUACAUCCCGAGCAUCAUGAUCACAGUGCUGUCAUGGCUAACGUUCUGGAUCAGCCCAGAGAUUGCUCCCGCACGUGUGGCUCUGGGGAUCACCACCGUCCUGACAUCAACGGCACUGUUUGGUGUCAACAGGCAAACCAUGCCAAGAUUCUCGUACAUUCGAGCCAUGGACAUCUGGAUGAUGGUGUGCAUCAGCUUCGUCUUUGGCGCUCUUGUUGAGUUCAUCGCAGUCCACUUCAUCUUCAAGAGACAUAAGAAAUUCGGCUUCCCCAAGAAAGUCAGAAACCUGGUCGGACUCAACAAGCACUGGAAGUUCAAGUACAGGAAGCAGGUAUCUCGAGCUCGGGGCGAAUCACCCCCAUUUGGUGGGUCGCAACGCGAGUUGCUCGCGGGAGGGAAUACAUCGCAGGACAAUACACCGUUGGAUCUCGAACAAGGCACACCUAAAAAGAAACGUCGCCGACCCAGAAGGAGAACAGCAGCAGAAGUCACACUACUCUACCAAACAAGAGCAAGAAGAAUAGAUCUCGUUUCUCGGGUAGUAUUUCCCACCACGUUCACAUUCUUCAAUAUAGCAUACUGGACUGUAUAUUUGUCUUGGUACGAAGCGUAAUGGCAACAGACCUCUUUGUGAAUACCAUUUUCUAUAGUGUCCUUCGUAAGUGAGUUGCUUUGUGUUGAAAUAAGUGUAUUUUGCUUUGUAUGAAAGGAAAUCAUUGUCUUGAGCAAAUCAUUGUCUUAUGUUGCGUCUUUUGGGUUUUACAUAUACUCGUGCGUAUGUUGGGUAAUUGUACUUAAUGAAUUUAAAAACAACUUAAGUUGUAAUUUCAUACAUUGAAUUUGAAUUUGAAUUAUUACGAAGUGUUGGCAAGGAGGCGAGGAGGAAAAGAAAUUUUUCUUAAAGUAAGUUGAAAAAUUUCAUAUGAUAUCUUGUCAACAAACAUAAAUCUUAGAUUUUUAGCAGUUGGUAAAAAAAUUUCUAAUGCAUAUGUCAAUACGUAGGGUAUUGGCAUUUCUUUUACGGGUUGUGAAAAUAUUUCAUUUCUUUGUACCAGAAAAGGGGAACUUUUGCUAUAAGAUAAAUUGAUAGCAAUCGCCACAUGUGUAUUCCUUAUGGUUACACCCCAUAGGAAUUAUCUUGAACAACCUGUACAACUUUUCCAAUCACAUAGACUCCACAGUUAUAACAAUUUGAAUAAUUUGUUCUUCUGAAAGAGGAAAGUUGUUAUAAACAUUGGAUUUAUUCAUAUCUUAGGAUUUGGAUUUGUCUCCUUUUGAUAAUGAUAUUGCACAGUAUUUCUUCACAAAAAAUGUUACAUGUUAUUCAUCUCUAAGGUUAUUUCUGUGCUAACGUAAACAACUGACCAGUGUCUUUAGAUGAUUAGUUAAAUAGCCUCUUCCACGCAAUGCUGUUGAUGAUUCACAGCAUGGUAGAAGGUCUUGCGCUGGCAGCCGGACUUCAAUUUUCUUUUUCAAAUAUGGGUUAUUGCUGCAAAGAAAUGCAUCUCACUUUGAACUUCAUGUGGCAUUCGUUACACCCAUUCCACUAGGACGGCGUUCUCGCUGUGACCGUUCAAUUUGACGGAGGGUUCAACGGAUUUCGUUGAUACAAAAAAAUAUUUUAUUCUUUGUUUGUUUUAUUGUCUGUUCAUCGCACUUAACAUUUUGCAUUAUAUUCAAACUAUGAAGUGAAACAUCAUAAAAAUCUAAUUUUAGUCAAGAUCGUCGUCUAUUGGAAUGGGGGGGGGGGCACUGUGCGCUAUGCAUAUACAAAUAUUUACCAUUUUCAUUAUAUAAGAUUUUGUUAUCAACCACACUUAACGCCACCCCUGCUCUGACCUUAAUUCAAGCUCAUGUCAUUCACGUGAAAAUCGUAUGUAAUACUCUCAAUCGUUUGCAAUGUACAGACUCUUAACACUUGGAAAGAACAUAAUUUAUGAUUGUGACUCUGUAUGUGGAAAUAUGUGAAAUAAACUUAUGUUUCUAAACCA